AUGUCCCACUCUCGAUCGAUUUCACCACUGCCCAACAGAGGAUGGAACACACCAGGUCUGACUGAGCGCAGCUCAACACCCAACGGCUUGUACGCAGGAACCAACAGUUACAGCAACAAUGACGAUCACUGGGCUGCGGCAAAGGCCAAAAGUGCUCAAGUGAGAGGAUACCCCAGCAUCCAGACCAAAAAUGAGGGCUUCUUUCUCCGGUCCAAGCGGAAAAUCUCCUCGACGCUGCCCGUCUUCAGUCCCUACACUCCUUUGUCGGCCAACUGGAAAGACCCAGAGAAACUUGGCCGCAGCCGGUGGUACCCAAGAGGCGGUGGGAAUCUGGCGAGAAUAAAGACUUUUGCUGGCAAUGUCUUGAGGAGGUUCAAAUUUCUGUUCAUAAUACUGUCCAUUGUCACACUGACGACGGUUAUAUUGUCCCAGACAAACGCCCUGUCCAAAUACCGUGGUAACUCGCAUCUCGGCGGCGGAAGCAAGUUCGUCAUUAUCCUCGGAGCCAACGAGGGCGGCGGUGUUAUGGAAUGGAAAGGUCCUAGAGAAUGGGCCAUUGAGCGUGACAGUGUGAAAAACAAAAAGAGAUAUUCUGAAAGAUGGGGAUACAUAUUAGACAUUGCAGACAUGAGCACCAAGAAGAGAUACGCUCAUGAAUGGCGUGAGAGCUGGGAAAAGGUUGACCUGAUCCGGAACGCAAUGGCCAGGUACCCUAAAGCUGAAUGGUUCUGGUGGCUCGACUUGAACACCUUCAUCAUGGAGCCUUCAAUAUCUCUACAAUCCCACAUAUUCAACGAUCUCGACAAGAACGUGUACCGCGACAUCAAUCUCUACAACCCUCUCCACGUCGUCCAUCCUCCGGUCACCGACUUCCUUGACCCGGUUGCCCGCUCCCCCACUGGCGACAAUCUGACGUCCUCCAUCGACAUCAUCAUCCCUCAGGACUGCGAUGGUUUCAACCUAGGGUCUUUCUUCGUGCGACGAUCUCCAUUCACAGACCGGUUACUUGACCUCUGGUGGGACCCUGUCCUCUAUGAACAGAAACAUAUGGAGUGGGAACACAAGGAGCAAGAUGCAUUGGAGCACCUUUAUGCCUCGCAGCCAUACCUCCGGACACAUUUCGCAUUCAUCCCUCAGCGGAAGAUAAAUUCCUUCCCCCCUGGUGCAUGUGCCCUCCAGCCGGCCCAAGGGCAAGUGGUCGAAGAGGGAAAGCCUCUUCUGGACCCAAGAUUCCACUACAACGAGCACGAACGAGACUUCAUGGUGAACAUGGCCGGAUGCGAAUGGGGUCGAGAUUGCUGGGCGGAAAUGUACAUGUAUCGCGAACUCAGCAACAGACUCAAUCGAUCGGGGUGGGCAAGGUUCAAAGACCUUGUCAGUGACAAGUGGGCCAAAAUCAAUCAGAGCUUGUUCAAAGAAACAAUGGCGCCACAAACGGGAUGA